CAUCGUGGGAUUUGCUGCCAUUCGCUGAUAUUUUCCACUGCUGACAAGUCAAGGAUUCUUAGGAAUGCACGUGCAAGUUUCCUGCUGGAUUUAAUAGCGAACGAUAUUUCUUUCUUAUGCCUUAUGAUUUGGAUGUGCUGAAUAUCAGCGUGUCAAAAAGCGACAUGUUUCCUGACAUUAAUAACAAGUCAGCCAGACCCGAGGCUUUCCCUCACCCUCACAGGUCUCAGGCAGAGAACACAAAAAUAGGACUCAACUGCACCUACACACAGAAGUGUGGAACAGGAGUUGGCUCCUUGCCCCAGCUAGAGGCUCCAGUCAAGCAAGUUUUGGUGACCAAUGGCAAACUUCUGCAUUCAAAUGGAACCUUACCCAGUAUUGUCAAACAGUUGGUGCAGAGCACUCAAGGGAACCAGGAGGAGAGGCCUAGGCCACAGUUUCCCAAUCGUUUCAGUUCCUCGGUGGAAAACCUCUCUGAAUCCCUAACCAGAAGCAUCAUCAAUAAGUUUGAGAAGAUCAGAACAUAUGAGGGACAGAGGCUGCCGAUGUCUCCAACAACUGCACUGAAACACUUCCAGAACCAGCUGACUGAAUAUGAAAGGGAAGAGAUCAUGGACUACUCUGAGAUCUGGUAUCUGGGUUUGGACACUAAGAAGAUUGAGGGCUCCCAGGGGUCCCCACAGAAUUCCGGUUAUGAUGAUGAACAUGGCAGCUACAUCAAGGUCCUGCAUGACCAUAUAGGCUAUCGGUUCGAAGUCCUGGAGGUGAUUGGGAAAGGAUCGUUUGGCCAAGUCUUGAAAUGUUUGGAUCACAAGACAAAUGAGAUGGUGGCCAUCAAGAUCAUUCGAAACAAGAAGAGGUUCCACCACCAGGCCCUUGUGGAGCUAAAAAUCCUGGAUGCUGUGCGGAGAAGAGACAGAGAUAACUGCCACAACGUCAUUCACAUGAAGGAGUACUUCUAUUUCCGCAACCACCUGUGCAUCUCAUUUGAACUACUGGGGGCAAACUUAUACGAGCUUAUUAAAAAGAACAACUUCCAGGGCUUCAGCCUGGGGCUGAUCCGACGUUUUGCCCAUUCACUGCUCAAGUGCCUGCAGAUGCUGCACAAAGAGAAGAUCAUCCACUGUGACCUCAAACCGGAAAACAUACUCCUAUCCAAGAGAGGACAGGGGAACGUCAAGGUUGUGGACUUUGGAUCAAGCUGCUAUGAGCAGCAGAGAGUAUACACCUACAUUCAGAGUCGAUUCUACCGUUCACCAGAGGUUAUUCUGGGUCACCCGUACAGCAUGGCAAUAGACAUGUGGAGCCUGGGCUGCAUUUUGGCUGAGCUGUACACUGGUUAUCCCCUCCUCCCAGGAGAGAGUGAGGUCGAGCAGAUCGCCUGUAUCAUGGAGAUAAUGGGACUCCCUCCAAAUGACUUUGUUCAAACAGCAUCAAGAAGGAGGUUAUUUUUUGAUUCUAAAGGAAACCCGAGGAAUAUCACAAACAGCAAAGGGAAAAAACGCAGACCCAACUCAAAAGAUCUUGCCAGUGUACUAAAGACCAAUGAUCCUCUCUUCCUUGACUUCAUACGAUGUUGCCUUGUGUGGGAUCCUACAAAGCGCAUGACACCAGAUGAAGGCAUGCAGCAUGAGUGGAUACAUGAAGGCCGUCUCAACAAGCUUAAUCCUAAACAUCGGCCUCUGCGGAAAGUCAGCGAGAACAAUUAUGACUUCACUUACCGCAAAGCAACUGCAAACAGGGCAGACAAUGAGUCCGGAUUUGAGGACAAUCUUAAGAGUGUCAGUGACAAUUCGAGCAAAGAAAGCAAGACGGCAACAGAAGAACGUCUGCGUCCAAUAGGAGCAUCAUUUGAGGAGGAGAAUGGAGAGGAAGGCAAAGGUGUGAGCCAGGAAAGCAAAGACAGCAAGUCUGACUCCAGUGGAGAUCGAUCUGUUCAGAUCAUCAUCAAACCUCAAACAGAAUCAAGCACUGAUUCAGAAGGACAAGAGCUGCAGUUUCUCCCCCCUAUUGUAUAAAACCCCAAAGAAAAGAAUGAGUGAUGUCUUUAUUGCAUUUGAUUCAUACUAGCCGCUUGGUCUGGAUUUACCUAUUGUGCGGCUUAGAGUCUGACUUUGUUGUAUUGCAAAAAGGUUAAAAAUGAAAAAAGUAAAAAAAAUUUAGCUGUUUCCAACUUGCAAGUGGUCUGUUACUCUCCCAAUCAUCUUUUUUGUGGGUUUGUCAUGUCUAGAGAUUCAGUGAUUAGAAAACAGUCUGUUCUGACUAUUCAAAAGAACUCUUAAGGCUUUGUUCAGACAGGCAGCAAAAAUCAGAUUUUUUUUUUUUUUUUUUUUGUAUCCCAGUCAAAUGUUUCCAAUGUUUACAAACCCCAUUCAAAGCACAUCCAAAUGGGGCUCAGAUUCUGAUUAAAAUCUGUUUUUUACGUGUCUCAGUCUGAGCAGACAGAUCAGAUUUCAAGUAGUUUUUUCAUCAUUUGGGAUGCAGAUUAUCAAAGAUUAGAUUUGAAAGCCAUAUCGGAUUUGUGUUCAGUUUGAACAAAGCCUAAGUACAGUGAAAUAUUUUACAUUUAUUAAACAUUUUGGUGCUUGUGAUGUAUUUUGAAAGGAUUAUUACUAUUAUGAGAUUGUUUAUAACACUGGUAUUUUUGCAGAGCGUCAUGCUAUGUGCAUGUUUAUUAGAUCUAGUGUGCUUUUUUUAUUUUUUAUUUAAGCUUUUAGCAUUGUCUUUAAUAGAUCUCAAGCAAACCUUGAGAACCAAAGCUGCUUCAUUGUGCAAUAUGACUGCAUGGAUUAAACAGUGUUUGUAUGUUUUGUUGCCGUUUGCCAGAUUUUUAUAAUAGUUCUAUGAGAUGGUAGCUCCCUGUGCAAUAGCGACUGAGCCAAAGAAAUUAAUAUGAUUAAUUUUUGUCCUUAAUAUUGAUAGACCUCUAGAGAAAUAAAUGUGGUCCUCAGACAUAAUCUGACUGAAAGCACACUAGAUCAUCAAAAUGUGCACAAUACUGGCAUGAUGGAUGAUGAUCAUGUUGACAAUAUUGUUGAUGAUUACAAUUAUGUGAUUAAGAGUCAAGAGUUUCUUUUACAGUUGCUGCUUGAAGGUAAUGAAAAUGAUGCCGAGUUAUGUAAACUAGUGGUGCACUGUACUGUAUGUUUAUAUAGACUUGAUGGGUUUUAAUAGUUAUUUUCCUGUAUAUAGAAUUCUUAAGGUAAAUACCAUGCACCCUAUGUGGAUGCCACCAAGUCGUGUAAACAUUACACAAGGUUUUACUUGUUUUUAUGUUGUUUAUCUGUUAUCAUUGAUAAAGAGAUUUUUACUACCAUACCCUAUCUACAGUAUCUACAUUACUGUUUUAUGACCAUUAUGUUUAUGGGAUUUUAGAAGUCUUGAGUCAAGGGUGUUAGGUAGUGCUUUUCCGUAUUAGAAUGAAAUAACAUAAUUUUUCUCCUGAAUAAUUUCUAUAAAUA